UCCCUUGGGCCCUCUCUCUCCUCUUGGUUCGUCAUCCCCUUUCUUCAUCAAAAAUCUCUCUCCUCCAUUUUCGCCUUUUCACAGGCGCCACCAGUUCCCAACCCAUACAGGCUUUUAGAUCUUUUGUGCAAAAUCGAAAAAAAAGAAAUGAAUAGGUGCGCUUAUCAGCAAAAGGCUUUGAUGGGUUGUGUUGGUGUUGGAGAAAUUAGACAGGGAGAUAUCUCUGUCUCUGAUGGUCUUGUUUGCCCCAAACCUCGCCGGAAUGGGCACUUCAAUGAACCCAUCAGACCUUCUCGAUUCCUCCAAAUCAGUAAUUCGCAAACGGAGGGUUGCGAUUUGAAAGCCGGAACUGAACUUCUGGAUAUCAUCCUCACCAAGGGGAAUUAUGAUAUGGAAACGCCCAAUUUUGAUAUGGCUUCAUCUCCACCUUUUCUUUUCGGGUCUCCACCCAGGAGGGCUUCGAAUCCUCUGAUUCAGGAUUCACAAUUCAGCAACAACAAUUUUGUUCCUAUACUAGCAAUUCCAGAAGCAGCAGCUGCUCCUUCUCCACCACAACCCUCCGCAUCCGCUCGUAAGAGCGGAGGAGGCUGUGCUCCGGUAAAAUUCGGGAUCAAGCCAGCUGCUGUGAGGAUUGAAGGCUUCAAUUGCCGCAGCAGCAUCUCUGCUGUAGCUUAGGUAAAGUCUUGCCAAAAAAAAACAAUAAAAAUGUGAGAUUUUUGGGAUGAGGUGAAUUACCAUAACAAAUUCGUUUUAGUCUUGUAUAUAUAGAGUGAUAAAAAGAGAGUCGUCAUUCAAAUCCUGUUUGUGAAUAUGUUUAUUAGGUGAUGAAUGAGUGUUUGUGGAAAAUAAAUACUAUUAGUAUAACCCAAAGAAAAGACAUGUGUCAAAAGAAUGUUCUCUUUCGUUUGGGAUUAAUUAGGGUUCUUAUUUAGCAUUAGGCCAAAGUUUGUAUUAUCUACUGUAGUGUGAGAGAGUUUAAAAGAAAGACUUCUUUUUUUGUGACUGAAAAAACUUGUCACUCUUAUCCUUCAGAGUAAUUGUAAUCCGAAGGAGAAAUGAAGAUGGUCUAAUUCUUUAUAGCAA